UCAUUCAAAUUUUAUAUAAUUAAACAGUAGAACUGACCCUUUAAAUAUGUAGAUGCAUUGUUGUUUUUCAUUAAACAAGCAUAAUUCUUGCGUUUAUCCACAGAGGGGAUUGCUGUUCAUGAGCAUCAGCUAAACUGUGCAUUUUUCAUAGGUAUUUUUGGUUGAUCCCGCUCAAGAUUAUACAGCUGAUUAUGUGAAGCUUGCAGAAUUAUUCUACCGUCACAAUGUACCUCUCAGGAUUGGAUUUGUGUUUGUUGUUAAUUCUGAUGAAAACCAAGAAACAGAUGAAGAUGUGGGAACUGCUUUGUGGCGUGCUUUUAACUACAUAGCUGAUGAAUCUGACUCGACACAUGCUUUUGCUUCCUUGAUAAGUAUGUACAAUAAACUAAAUGGUGGAGAAGUACUUACUGCUGAAAUUGUGAAGUCUGUUCUGACAUACGAGUUUCCUCAUAUUGAAGUUGAGCAUGUUCUUGGCUCAAACUCUGAAUAUAAUCACAAGUUGAAGACAGGAGCAACCUUUUAUAAGAAGAGUGGCCUGGGUCCGUUGCCUCAAGCACUGUUUAAUGGUGCACCCUUUAACACUGAAGAAAUGGAUGUGGAGGAGAUGGAGACAACUAUUCUGCAGAGAAUCAUAGAUGCCACAGGCUUCUUCCAGAGGGCAGUGUUCAUGGGUCUGCUAAAUGAGAAUUCAGAUGCUGUGGAUUUUUUAAUGGAGCAACCCAACAUAGUUACUCGGCUGAAUCCUUCUAUUCUUAACAGUGAAAAGACAUAUGUUAACUUUAUAUCGAGAUCAGGU